AUGUCGUUCACACCAGACGAGCCGAGUGAGGUCCUCUUCGCCGAGAAGACCUACCUGCAGGGAACCGUCCUGACUGGCGUAUCCUAUGGCGCGCUUUUCAUGCUGUACUGCAUUACCAUGCAUCUUCUCUGGGAUCGGAGGCAUCGUCACGCUCCGGGCAACACUUUUUACAUGAUCUACGCGACGUUCAUCCUGAUCUUCAAUACGCUCAAUGUCGCGGGUGAUACCUCUUUCGCUCAACUCGCCUUCAUCGACAAUCGCAACUAUCCGGGUGGUCCAUCUCAGUAUGAGAACGACUUCUACUUUGAGACGCUCAACACGAUGUGCAACGUUUCGUACAUGCUCGGCAAUUGGCUCGCUGAUGGGCUCAUGCUCUAUCGUAUCUGGAUUAUCUUCAGGGGAUCGAAGCAGCCCAUGUGGUUGGUCAUGGCGCUCCCGUCUCUUCUUUACGCCGGAGCAUGGGCCAUGGGAGUAUUACUUCUCAUCCAGCUCUCGCGCUCUUCGCCGUGGGGAUCCGCGUCGUCCAUUAACUGGAUUAUCCCCUUCUUCUCCAUGUCGUUGGCCUUCAACAUCAUCGUCACGAUUGCGAUUGUCGCAAGGCUCUAUUACUUCCGUCGCUCGAUGCUGGCCGCAUUCCCCGGUAACGCCCACGGAGACCAUUACACGAACAUCGCAGCCGUCAUGAUCGAGUCGUCUGUCAUCACUGCGGCAGCGACUCUUCUUUGCCUGGUGCCACUCGUCCGGGGUAACGCCGUGGCCAACGUCUUCCUGCAGCCUCUGGGCGAGAUCCAGUCUGUCGCCACGCUUCUCAUCAUCUACCGCAUCGCUAUCGGACGUGGAUGGUCGACGGAGACAACCGCGACGCUUCUCACCACGGCGCACGACCCCGAGGCGGCGGCUUCUGGCGCGAACGUCGGUGGCCGGGAACGUCAUGGCUUGUUCAACAGGCGCGCGACGGUCGCUACGCAGGGUUCGAACAUGACGCGCGUCGGCACGUCCACUAAUGCGUCGCUCAACCGCGACGAGACGAAGGGAGAUUUUGAGGAUGAUGUGAAGUCAUGA